ACGUUAUAUCCGCCAACCGCCAUUUCAAAUGCAAACUGAAAUUAAAUUUUUAUCCAAGUGGGGUUCCACUCAGAAUAAUUUCAAAAGUAGCCCUUCCUUUACUUAGAUAGAUGAUAGGUAAUUCUAGGAAAUGACAUCAAACAAUCAAAAAAUCGACACGAGUGUAUUCAAACAAUUCAGAUACUCUUAUGAACGCCUCUCCUUUUUUUUGGAGAUGUAUCCCACUGACAUUUUUUCUAUAAAAUAGCCCAUGAGAUGUGAAUUUUGCAAUAUUGUCGCGGUGUGUCUGACGGAAGAAAGUUCGUGUCUCUGUAGGUACGUCUACGUUUGACGAUUUAGAAAUCCAAAUUCAAAUUUCUCGUUCUGCAUUAUUCAAAAUGAUAAAAUCAAGUUUGUUCAUUUGCGCCAUUUUUAUUCUGGUUCAGAAUGGAAAUUCAUCGCCUCCGGAUGAGUUCGGAAGUUUCUGGGGACCAUGUCCGGCAAGUCCAAUCGAUACAACUUCCAGUUCUUCUUUUUACCAGAUUUCGGGAAAAUGGUACACGCACUACGUAUUAGGCCAAUACUCGCCCUGGAAAGUCUUCGAAUGCCAAACUAACGAAAUUAUCCAUAAACGGAAAGAAGGCACUGCCAAUGUUACUACCCGAUUCGUGAUACCAGAGUCUCAGAUACCAGUUGAAUUGGAGGGUGUAGUUUUGGAAAUUGAUCCGAAAAUUGGCAAAUUCGAUUUCGAGUUUAUGGCAGCUAACUGGUUCUGGACCCAAUAUACUCAAAUUUUACAAACUUCUCGUAAAGGAGCUGCUUUGGCAUGGACUUGUUUAGAUUUUGGUGAUUUUCACAUUGAAAGCAUCGCACUGAUGACCAAAUAUCAAGAUGCCUAUGAUUCGAGAAUCCCACCUGAUGUGUACAGGAGUUUGUACGAUUCGCUCGUAAAAGUUGGAAUUUCGCCAACUUGGUUUGAGCAGAUCGCUCAGAAGAGUUGCGAUAACUAUAAUUUUUCCUCUUCUAAAGGCUCUUCUGUUCAGUACGCUUCCAAAAAUUUGCAAUCGAUGAUACCAGCGAAAUUCUUAAAACAGCUGAAGUCAAUUUCAGAAAAUUAGACAGUAUCCGCAAUUCCGCAUUUAUUCAUUUUAAUAAAAUAGGUACCAUCGGUACGUACCUAUUGAUUCAUACUAUUCAUAUCCACAACUGCAUUUAUCUUGUAAUGUAUUUACCUAUAAUUUGAUUUAGGUACAUAUACUUAAUUGUAUUAUCAAUAGCAUUU